AUGGAAAUAAAUCAAUCUGGUUGGCUCACUGGGCCUGCGGCAUACCCAUUCGUCGUCGAGAACGGACCAAAGCCGCAGCCCGGUGAGGGACAGGUGCUCAUCAGGAAUGAAGUCGUGGCCGUAAAUCCUGUUGACUGGAAAAUCCAAUCCCACGGUAGGUAUCUUAAUACCUAUCCGUUUAUCUUAGGACAAGAUGCUGCAGGGGUUGUCGAGGAGGUGGGCAGCGGAGUGACAAGGUUUAGAAAGGGCCAGCGAGUUAUUGCCCACUGCAAUGGCCUCAUGACCCAGGAUCCGGCCAACUCAGCAUUCCAACUGUACACAGUCGUUACAGAGGCGCUCGUGGCGGAAAUUCCUGAUUCGCUCGAGCUCAAACGGGCAGUUGUUCUCCCGCUGGCAGUUUCUACUGCUUGCGCGGGACUAUAUCGGAAGGAUUACCUGAGUCUCCCUCUGCCCUCUGUAAACGAAGCCAAGAAGACUGGUCAAACCAUUCUAAUCUGGGGCGGUGCAUCCUCUGUUGGUGCCACGGCCAUCCAGCUUGCAGUCGCCUCAGGCUUGAAUGUUAUCUCCACUGCAUCCGUGGCCAACCAUGAAUUCGUUAAGUCCUUGGGCGCCGACGCCGUGUUUGACUAUAGAUCUCCAACCGUGGUCGACGAAAUUGCCAAAGCUAUCACAAACACGGAGUUUGUGGGAGUUUUCGAUGCAAUCGGGGAAAAAACAAGCUUUGCAGCUAUUUCUGCGCUUGCCGACCGAGUGGACAGGCCGGUGAAUACUGCCAGCGUCCUGCCUUGCGAGCAGCAGACUCCACGAUUCGCUCCGAAAUACGGUCAGUCAAAUCUUCUCCAAACAUUACGACAUCUGGUUUUGCUUCAAAUCUGUGGUAAAUGGCACGGAGUAAUGACUGACAUGGACGAAUCUACAGUGGUCGCCUAUUCAAUCAUUCAAGACCCACACAAGUUUAUUGGGGAAUGGAUUUGGGGCGAGUUUUUGCCUAAAGCGUUGGCCGGCGGGAGGUUCCAGGCUAAGCCUGAUCCGUACCUAGUUGGUAACGGAAUCAUGGACAUCCAACAUGCCCUCGAUGUGCAGAAAAAGGGUGUUUCAGCGAAGAAAGUGAUUGUCACCCUUUAG